AUGGCCGUAACUGUUAACUUAUGCCAGAACCGCCUUAAGGAAAACCGAGUUAAGAUACAGGUAAUCGUGCGAGUGCGUCCGCCUAACGAGCGCGAGUUACAGGACAACUGCCGAACGGUCAUCGAGGUCGUGGACGACAAGAUGCUCAUCUUCGACCCGAAGGAGCACGAGACGCCCUUCUUCUUCCGCAACGUGCCGCAGAAGGGCAGGGACAUGUUGAAGAGGCAGAACAAGCAGCUGCCGUUUAUCUUCGACCAGGUGUUCGACCUGGCGUCCAGCAACGCCGACGUAUUCGAGGGAAGCACCAAGAGUGUGAUCAGCAGCCUCCUCGACGGCUACAACUGCUCCGUGUUCGCGUACGGUGCCACCGGCGCCGGCAAAACUCACACGAUGCUGGGCAGCAGGGAGGACCUCGGCAUCACGUACCGCACCAUGGCGCAGCUGUUCGCCGAGAUAGAGAACCAUCAGAGCCAGCACCGGAAGUUCAAUCUGGGCGUGUCCUACCUGGAAAUAUACAACGAGAACGUGCAGAACCUGCUGCACAAGACCGACCCUCUGCAUCUGAGGGAGGACGGUAGGGGCGGAGUGGUGGUCGCCGGUCUAGAGCCGAUCGCCAUCCAGAAUGCUGAGGAGUUGCUCUCGCUGCUGGCGGAGGGUAACAAGAAUCGCACUCAACAUCCAACGGACGCCAAUAAGGAGAGCAGCAGGAGCCACGCGAUUUUCCAGGUAUACAUCAUGAUGACUAACAAGCUGGACGGUCAGGUGCAGCGGGUCAAGCUGUCCAUGAUCGACCUGGUGGGAUCCGAGAGGGCCUCGGCUACCGGAUGCAAGGGCGCGAGGUUUAAGGAGGGCGCAAACAUCAACAAGUCCCUGCUGGCUCUCGGGAAUUGCAUUAACAAUCUCGCGGACGGCAUAAAGCACAUCCCGUACCGUGAUUCCAAACUCACGAGGCUGCUCAAGGACUCGCUCGGCGGCAACUGCCGUACCGUCAUGAUAGCCAAUAUCGCUCCAAGCAGCUUCGCCUACGAGGAUACGUACAACACCCUGAGGUAUGCGAAUCGCGCAAAAAAGAUCAAGUCGAUCCCCAAGAAGAAUGUGUCUUGCGAGACGCACGUUGCCGGCUACAUCAAGAUAGUGGACGAGCAGAAGAAGGAGAUUGAUGUGUUGAAGUCAAGACUCGCGGCCUUCGAGAAUGGAGCGCUCCAGCCGGCCGAGUGCAAGCCGAGCCUCGCCAUGCUGGAGACGUACAGGCUGGUGGAGUUGAACAAUUCGAUGCCAGCAAUCGGCACGGCGAUACCGGGGAUGGACGACGAGGAUGCCUUGAACUCCAUCUUGAACGCGGGUGAAAGUAGCUGUGCGAAAAACCUCUCCAGGAAGCGCGUAUUCGACAAGAACAGCGAAGGCGGCAGUACUUCCUCCAAGCAGACGAAGAAACUGGUGCACAAGGAGAACGAAGGCCUGUACAAAUGAGUGCAAAAAGUACCGCCACUCUGAAUAAUCUGAAGAGCGACGCAUCCAAUGUUUUCUCACUUCCCUGGCACAAUUCCGAGGAGAAAUCACGGUCUCCUCUCAGUCUCUGUUCAUGCGCGGCGCUUGAGAAAAAACGCAACAAGGAGAGACGCGGUCUAAUAACAACCCAUCCGUAUUAUGAGCCGACCGUUGGGAAAAAGUAGGUAUUAUUUGUAUACAAACAAUAUUUGGUGCGGCCUAACAGUCAAUUCGGUUGCUUGCGCACUGAGCGCACACCAACGCUUCUUUACACCCAAUUUUUAACUUUGUCUUAAAUACCUCUUUAGAGUAUCUAAUAUACCCCUCUGUAACUGUAACUUAACUCAUAGUUACAUUAACAGUUAAUUUAUAUAUUUUUUUAAACCUCCACAGAUUGCAUCAGGCCUUGU